UCGACAAGUCUCGUGGAGUGAGAGUGAGAAUUACAUAAGGCAUACUACAUGCUUUCGGUUAUUGAUAAUUUCAGAGAGCAGUACAUCUUCGUUCACUGAUAAUUCUAUAAAGAAUUCAACUGUUUGCUGUUUCAUCUAUUUACCGGCGAUUCAUAUUCAUUUCGUUUCUCGCCUUGUUAUAAAUAGCGUAAGAAUAUAUCCGCAUGAAGAAAUUUGAUCCUUGUAAGAAAUACGCAUGCAAGUUACAAACUUGUUUAAAAGAAAACGUUUACCAACCGUCACGCUGUGGUGCUGUUAUUGAGGAGCUACGACAGUGCUGUAUCAAACACUCACCGGAAUCUUUAGUUUGCGAAGGCAUUGAUAUAACAAAACCUUACGAACACCAUACCAUUGACAUCUCGGAAGCGCAAAAGCGAACAUGA